AUGAGCAAACGCACAGCAGACCAAUCCGAAGAGGACGAGAUCCGCGCCCUCAAGUCCGGUCAGAGGCCGCAGGACGGCCAGCCCGACGACCUCGAGUUCGAAGACGAGUUCGAGGACGAGUUUGAGAGCGAAGAUGAAAUUCUGGAAGCCGGUGUCGAUGGCAGACCCGACGAGGAGCGCGAGGCCGAGGAGCGUGAGGCUGGACAGACGCUGGCCCCGGAUACUUCAACAUACGAGAUGCUGCACAACCUGGAAGCCCCGUGGCCCUGUCUUUCGUUCGACCUCGUCAAGGACCAGCUGGGCGACAACCGCAAGUCCUAUCCUCAAACCGUCUACGCCGUCGCAGGUACUCAGGCCGCACAAGGAAGCGAGAAGGAGAACCGCAUCAUGGUUAUGAAGAUGAGCAGUUUGGGUCGCAUGGACCGUGGCGAACAGUCAGAUUCCGAGGAAGAAGACGACGAUGAGGACGAACAAUCGCUCGAGCCCAUCCUCGAGACCAAGGACAUUCCUUUGAACACCGUCACAAACCGCAUCCGCGUUCACCAAACCCCGCAAGCCUCGUCAUCCACUCCUCCCACCACUCUCAGCGCCGUCAUGACCGAGUCUGGCGAUGUCUUUAUCCACGACGUAACUCCUCAUCUCGCCUCGUUCGACAACCCUGGCAUGAUCAUCUCCGCCCAACAAAACAAGCCCGUCAGCACCAUCCGGGCGCACAAGAAGACCGAAGGUUAUGCCAUUGACUGGUCACCACUUUUCCCCGCUGGCAAGCUGUUGACUGGCGAUGUCGAGGGUCGCAUCUUUGCUACCACUCGCACCGAGGGCGGUGGCUUCGUCACUGACACAACUCCUUUCACUGGCCACAGCAGCUCCGUCGAGGAAUUGCAAUGGUCUCCCUCAGAGCGCAACGUCUUUGCCUCUGGCUCUGCAGACGGCACUGUCAAGAUCUGGGAUGCCCGAUCCAAGUCGCGCAAGCCCGCUCUCAGUGUCCAAGUCGCAAACACCGAUGUCAACGUUCUCUCCUGGUCACGCAACACCACCCACUUGCUCGCUUCAGGCCACGAAGACGGUGAGUGGGCCGUCUGGGACUUGCGUCAAUGGAAGCCUUCAGUCACCACCUCGCCCAAGCCCAACUCGGUUGCCUCAUUCAAGUUCCACAAGGAGCAAAUCACAAGCGUCGACUGGCACCCCACCGACGACUCGAUCGUCGCUGUCUGCUCUGGCGACAACACACUUACCCUCUGGGAUCUGGCCGUCGAGCUCGAUGACGAGGAGUCGCGCGAUACUGCUGGUGUUCAGGACGUACCACCUCAAUUGCUGUUCGUCCACUACAUGGAGCAGAUCAAGGAUGUUUAG